UAUAUGGUCAUAAAGUGCAAAAAUGUAUAUAUUUCUGUAAAGCUGCUUUGUGUCCAUUGUUAAAAGCGCUAUAUACAAAUAAAAUUGAAUAAUUCUAAUUAGGUUUAAGAUAUCACUCCAUGCUGCAAUGAGCCAAUUUGCAGUUUUAAUUGUAAUUCUGGUGGCUUCCACAGUAUUUAGUGUGCCUGGAAUGAGUAGGUAAGGGGAUUAGGUGUAAGUACCAAGUUUGUGAACUUUGCUUCCAAUUAUAGCUUCUUGCUCUUAUUGGCUGGUCAAUGAUAAAUGCUAAUUUUAGGGAGCGCGUUAAUUGGUGCAAACUCCCGCUCUGCUCUGCUUUGCUCCACUCUCCUAAUUAGCUCCGUUUUCCCUGCAGGCUGAAGUAUUUAAUGGCGUCACCACCCGAACCGGAUAGCACCACUGAUCAUUUCAAUUCUGUAACUUCAGACAGUGAAACAGGAACUGUUGCCUUUACAGAAGAGCCAGAGGAACCAUUGCUUGUGUCUGUAGACCGUGCCACACACACUGUUGUAUUUAAACAAGAGCCAGAGGAACCAUUGUCUGUUGAUACAGACUCAUCAGGCUCAGAGUUUGAGGGGCUCCCACGAUACGCUCCACGCCCUGGCCAACGCAGGAGACUCUUUUAUUCAAGAGAGUUUGAUUCCCUGUUGAGACACCACUUUCAAAGAGAUUUGAAAGAAAAAUUCAUAACAUACAGGCGAUUAAUACACGUUCUGAAAAAAACCCCAGAGCUAGUGGAGGAGGCCAGACGUCUCCAUCUGACAACAGAGAAUAUAAGAAGUCGGCUGAGGAAGCUGGCUUUCCGUUACGAAGAAGUUAUUCGUAAGGAUGCCUGGGUUUGAGAAUAUGUAUCGGACCUCCACCUCCAGUUUGCAAAGAAAGCCAAAAAAAAGUGCACCGUGCCCUCUCUGUGGCGUCUCAUUCCGAAAUGUCCGCCAACAUCUUAUAAAGCUCCAUAAAGUACUCAACAAAAUGGAGCUCAGGAUCUUGCUGCAGUACACAUCUGGCACGUAUAAUGGCCUCAAUGAUUGCCCUAUCUGCAAAAGGUCUAACUUUGUGCGUUUAGAUAAACACAUGAAACUAUGCCAUUCAGAUAUGACAGAAGUGCAGCAGAAGGAACUUCUUACGAAAGCUAAAAAACAGACAAAUCUUUUGGAUCUGAAAACAUUACGGGCCAAAAAUCCAUCCCCUCCCUUGGUUAGUACCCUCGAUGUGGAGAUGUUGGCCGAGUCAGAUGAUGAAACAAGCUCCCCUCAGCAAUCGAUUAUGGCACAGAAGGACGUCAUUACACACCAGGUUGCUCCCCACCAAGGACCAGAGGAAGGAGACACCAGAGAGAGGGAGGACACUGCUCCAACCACACAACCAAACUGCAAGGGCUGCAAGGUACAGAAAGCAGUUGUCAAACAACUGAAAGAAGAGAUAAACACAUUAAAAAAUAAAAACCCAUUCCCCCUGCGGAGAAAAUAUGAGAGAAGGAAUACUGUACAGACAGAACUUCCAGUUUUUGAAAAAGUCCUUCAGACCUGGCUUAAUCAUAUUGAAGGCGUCACGUAUCGCCAGAACGAGAACGCACGCCAGAGAGUCACACGUGUGCGAUCCUGGUUGGCUUACAUGAGUGAUGGAGGGGUGCCAACCAUGGAUUUUGCUUUCUUAUCAGACCCCAGCAAGCUUAUAAACUGGGCGCACUCUUUGAGGAAUUUUGCUGUAACAACACAAAGAAUAUACAUAAGCGAUGUGAGGUCUUUCCUGAAAUUUCUCCUUGAAGCACGACUGGACACUGUGAGAGCCUCUAAAAAGAAAUUGAAGGGGGCAAUUUUCAGCCUAGACAGGCUUCGGAGGAAACUAACGAGCAGGCUUGUUGUACACAAACAAGCUGUUAAGGCCAAAAAAUCAAAAAACAUUCUGGAUGCAGUACACAUACAGACCUUCCUGGAAAAGGCUAGACGAGCAAUACCGAAUGCUUUAGUCACUCUGGAGCAAAAUCCCCUGCCACAAAACCUUUACCACCUAUUUGGCCUGUUGUCAGGGUUCAUAAUUUGCCUGACAGGGCACCGUAGGGGAGUCUUGUUGGGAAUGGAGGCAGAAGAAGGUCCACGCUGCACCUAAAGACAAAAAUGGACGUCGAGUUGUUAUGGUGGCAAAACACAAAACAUCCUCAAAAUAUGGCCAUGCCCUUGUCCCUUUGGAAAAGGAGGAAUAUGUCUGGUUUGCCAGGUUUUUAUAUCAUAGGCACAAAUAUCCCAUGGGCGAGUCCAAAUUGUUUUUUGCAAACACAAAUGGGGGUCCAUUCUCCCGCUUAGCAGGCACUUUCCAGGAGUGCUGGAAGGAGUUUGGGCUGCCAGGAAAACCAACAUUUGGCCUCAUACGAACAAGCAUCAGCACCUAUGUUGGCCGUGAACUGGAUUACAAGCAGAAGGAGCAGGUACGGCGACUCAUGUGUCACAGCACAGCAGUUGCUGAGGUGUUUUAUGAAGCCAACCAAAACCUGACAGAUGCUUUCAAGUCCCGCCGGGCCACGGCAACAGCUGUCCAGAAGCAGACCAACAAUC